GAUGGUUUUACUCAGCUGUGAACUUGUGCGUGGGGCAGUUUAGGUCUUCUUGCAUCAUGAAAGCUGUAUGUACACAUUAUGACCUUUACAUCUUGACUUACAACACAACCCAAAAGAGAUGUAUCACUCUCUAAAAUGGUUAAUGUGUUUUCAAGGCAAAUAGUAAUGGUGAUAUUUUGAUAGUAGAUAUUGCACCUGAAGUCAAAUACAUUACUUACUGCUUCAUACUAAUAGCAUGUAAAUGUGUUAAACAAGUUUACCAUUUCAUCUCUAAAUUUUUAUAAACAUUUAUAGGACUAUCACUGCUUUGAAUUAAGAAUUUCUUUUCUUGAUAUAUUAACUCUCAGCCUGCUGGCAGCAACAGAUCCUACCCAUGUGACCAGUGCAGAAUAAGAUCAGCUGGCACGAGACUAUAUACCAUGUGAUCAUUGUCUGCACUGUUUGAUGUUCAGUCAGUACUAUGAUGAUCAGGUCCAUUGGUUUGUAAGUUUUAAAGCUGAAAGUGUCCGGUACAUGUUUUAAGAUGAUGAUUUAGUUGGUUGUGUCCUUGUUGUCAAUUGUAACUGGUACCAUAUCAAUGUCACAUGAAAUUCAUAGUCAUUGUGGUAUCAACAGUUCCCUGUGGAGGACAGAUGCUGAUUCCCCUAGACCUAGCCAGCUUCACUAACAGGUCACAUGACCUAUCUGGAGUCACAUGAUUCAACAGUCAGUCACUAGUGGGAGGAGCUAUAUUACCUGGUCACCGUACCAUGAAAUCAAGACCAGCAGUGAGGCAAUGACCAAAUUGGACGUUGUGGUAUACAUGUAGCUGAUUGAAGUAUAAAUCAAGAUUUGGAAGUGAGGAAUUGAAGUAACAAGAAGACAACUUAAUUGAAUAUCAAGACAACUACAAACUGAUUUUGACAAUCGAUAAAACGUUGGAUUUUAUGGGCAUUUAAAUGUACAGAAAAAAAGGAAUAAGUGUUUAACAUUGAAGAAAAAGUUUUAAUAAAGGAAGGAAAUGGUUUAUUUGGAUAUCCUCUGCAAGUAAAGGUAACUUCAAAGAGAAUGAAGAUGGCUAUAUACUUACUUUGUGUAAUGUUGUUGGGGACUUUAUUAAUGUCUGUAAAAGGAAUUACAACAGUGACCUUUGAAACAGAAGAAGAAAUAAAUGCGGAAGUUUUCCUUGGAAAUAUCAAAAAUGAAUUUUUAUUAAAGGAAAAUGAAACAAAAAUUUUUGGUGGUAGUCUGCAAAGUGUUACUUUUCAAAUUUUGAACAAUGGAGAUGUGGACUAUAGGGAUUUUUUUCUAAUUCGGCCAAAUUCUGAUUUUUAUUUGAAGCAAAAAGUUGACCGUGAGGCAAUAUGUCAGCAAAAGAAAGUUUGUGAAAUGAAAGUAUUGCUUUUUGCUAAUAAUGGCACUGUUAAUGAAUUUGUUAACAUAGUUGUCAUUGUAUUAGAUAUAAAUGACAAUGUUCCUACAUUUUCUGAAGCCAUUUUGAAUUUAUCUAUCCCAGAAGGCACCUCUAUCCGAUCAAGUUACUCCCUCACACCUGCAGUUGAUUUGGACUCUGGUAACAACUCAAUUCAAGAAUAUAUACUGGAACCAGCAAGAACGGAUUUCGAACUUGAAAAGCAACUCAAUCCAGAUUUGACAACCACGUUAAGUCUCAUUCUUAAUUUAAAUCUUGACCGAGAAUCUGUGCAGAAUUACACACUAUAUGUAAAAGCAAUUGAUGGAGGUGAACCAGCUUUUACCGGAACUCUUACAGUGAAUAUCAACGUCACUGAUAGAAAUGAUAAUCAGCCAUUUUUCCAGCAAACAGAGUAUAAUGCAACCAUUGAUGAAGAUGUUGAGGUUAACACUAAUAUAAUCACUGUAUCAGCUAUAGACAGAGAUAUCGGUUUAAAUGGUAGACUUGCUUACUAUUUCGCAGACUCUGUUCCGGUUUCUUCAAAUAUUAGGGAGUAUUUCGGAAUAAAGAAGGACACUGGUGAGAUUUAUGUGAAAGAGAGGCUAGAUUCUGCAAGCAGACCAUUUGAGUUUUUUGUAGAGGUGAAAGAUCAUGGGGAUCCAGUAAAGAAGAACCAAGCAAAAGUUACUAUUUAUAUUCAAGACAAAAAUGAUAAUCGUCCAGAAAUUUCGAUGUCUCCUGCCAGCAAUAUUCACAUUAAAGAGAAUCAGAUUGUCGGCACCCAUGUUGCCUUGGUGAUUGUUUCUGAUGAGGACAGAGGACUCAAUGGGGAGGCCAACUGCGAAUGUCUUAAUUCAAAUUUCACGAUAAAAGCAAAUGAAGUUGCGCAAAAUACUUUUAGCCUGAUAAGCACGGUAGAAUUUGAUCGGGAGCUUAUUUCUUCAUAUACUGUAGAAAUUAGCUGCAGUGACAAGGGCACACCACCUCUGUCUUCUAAUCAAACAUUUAUAGUUAAGAUAACUGAUGAUAAUGAUCAUACUCCGAUAUUUGCAAGGACACUUUAUAUUGUUGAUAUCUUAGAGAAUAUUUCUGUAGGUGCUGUAUUUGUGAAGGUUUCAGCCACAGACCGUGAUAUUGAACAGAAUGGACAAAUUCUUUACAAUAUUGAACCAUUUGCUAAUAUGAGUAUGUUUGAAAUUGAUCCAAGUGGUGGGCACAUAAAAGCGGCCAAGAGUUUCGAUAGAGAAACAAAAGACGAGUAUACUUUUAUAGUUACUGCUAGAGAUCAAGGCGAGAAUCCACGCUCAGCUACCGCAAGAGUUAUUGUACGUGUUACUGAUGUAAAUGAUAACUCCCCAAAAUUUGAAGGAGACAGUUAUGCUAUGUCCAUAUUGGAGAAUUCCAACAUCAGUAACAGUCUUGGUACUGUAACAGCAACAGAUUCUGAUCUUGGUGAUAAUGGAAAAGUUUCAUACAUGAUACCAGCAAUGUAUGCCUCAUACCCAUUUGCCAUUCUUGAUGAUGGAACUGUCAUCACAACUCAAGUUUUAGAUCGGGAAGUUAAAGACUAUUACCAUUUUAAUGUUGUUGCCUCUGAUCAUGGGAAUCCUCCACGUACCAGCAGCGUUCCAGUUUUAGUAACUGUGGUGGAUGAAAAUGAUAAUGCGCCAAUUGUUGAGUUCCCUUAUGGAGAUAAUGAUACAGUCACUGUUGCACAUGAUACAAGUCCCGGCACAGUUAUCGCCAGUGUGUUAGCAGACGAUGAUGAUCAAAAGGAAAACAAGCGUCUUUCAUACAGUAUUUUAAGCGGGAACAGUGAAGGUUUGUUUAAGAUCAAUGCAGAGACUGGGGAAAUAGAAUUAACAAAACGCAUUUCAAAUGGUGAUAUCAAACAAUUUACAUUAACUCUUUAUGUAACAGAUAAUGGUGUAAAUCCAUUAGAAACUCGUGCCACUUUACAUGUGAGGAUUUAUCUUGCUGCUAGUGGUGCUGAACUGGGUACGUCAUCUGGUUCAAAUGGACAAAAUAUUCUUAUUGCAAUAGUUAUUUCUUGUGUAACUUUUGUACUCUCGAUUAUAAUCAUAACAAUUAUUUGCAUGAUAAAGAGAAAGGAUAGAAAGAAUAAUUUAUAUAAUGCUAAAGCUUACGAUGAACAGAAAAUUAUGGAAGGUCAUAGAAACAGUAAUCGGUCCAGUUCUUCACGAGGCUCGCAGGAUAAAAUGCUGUACCCCAGUGAAAAGGCCUACAUGGAGAAUGGAUAUGCCAAGAAGGCAAAGAAAGAGGUUAGCUUCAUUGUAGAGGAGGAUAUUGAUGCUGGGGUUACUAUGGAUACAGGUGGCCAGUUUGAUAAAGUAUCAACCUUUAAGUCACCAUCCCCUGUACCAUCAAAGAGUCAAGAUUACGAGAAUUUUAAUAAAGAGGUUUCACCAUCAAGAUCGGAGAAAAGUGAAGAUAAACAGCGUGAGAUUCAUCGAAUGACGUCCCUACGUGUACAUCAGGCUCUGAUACAAUCACAAAAUAACAACAAUAACAACAAACAAUGGCCACAGUCUCCUGGUGAUGAGCCGGCGAGGACAUAUAUUGGAUUGACGAAACGGCACAAUCUGGACGAUUCUCACAGCGAGAGUUCAGGGGAGAUGACUACGAGCGAUUCGGGACGUGGGGGCAGUGAGGAAGAUAUCCGUAGCAGUAUGACAAUCUCUCAUGAUACAGAUGAGUCACGGAGUCCAAACACGUCAACCUCGCAUCCCUUCUACACGUCAGACAAUCAUCAACCAACUUUCUCGUCUUUCCACGGCAACAGUGUUCAUAAAACUGGUCCUAUUUUAUCAUCAUUUUUAAAACAAAAACAAAAAAGACAGCAAAGUGAGGAUGCUCAUAAAAACUCAUUUCCUAUGAAUGAUUUAUCUAAUCCACAUAGGAAUAAUUUAUAUAGUCAGUAUAGACAUCCGAGUGAAAGUAACGUCCCACACCCUGCCAUGAACGUUAAUAAUGGACAGAAUUUGGGACCGGUUCAAGGUCAAAUGGAUUUUGAUCCAAUAUUACACUCAUCUAAGCAAUCAAAUCUUAGUUUCGGGAAUUCAUUUGAAAAUGAAAGCAUAACAGGGCGGUCUCAGGAUGAUGAUAAUACGACCACAACGUCGGGAAGUUAUACUAUAAAUGAUUUACAAGAUGAUAUACUGGCAUCGGAAACCAAAGACAUGUUCUAUAAACCAGACACUUUCGUGUGAUAAUUUAAGUAAAUUUCCUUAUUUGUGCUAUUAAAGUGAGUCAUAAUAGAUUCCUGCUAGUGUUUCAUGUGAUAUUACUACCUUAACAGGGUUAGCAAAUUUGUGAAAUAAAACAUUGAUACUUGAAUUCAAGGCAGCAUCGUGCAGAACUGUUGUAAUUAAAUGAUGAUAUAAACAAAUUCUAUAUGUCAGCAGUCUGCUUAUUGGUGUAUAGAGCAUAGAUUUAUCUUCUAAAAUGAAGUUUUUUCAAAGUCGUGUACCAGUCUCAGAUACAUUGCUUUCCCAUUGGUCAGUUUAAAAACAUAGCUUUUAGUGAACCAAUCAGAGGCAAGAGUUUCAGACUGGUUUACAAACUAAAAUUUUUACUAUGUAUUCCUACUGGAUAGGAACAAAUCAAUGCAACUGAGAUUUGUAAAGGAGACUGGUGUUGAUAGUGGAGAAAGAUUUCAGUGUUUACUGUAUUUUCAUAAUAAUUAGAAAUUGUAUAUGCAGAGUAAUCAUUCUUGUGUUUUGAGAAGAUAUAUUGAUGAUGUGUAAAUUGAAUCAUUCAAAAAAUGUACCAAAUAUUUCAUAAUAAUUAUGAGCACCAUUUUUCACAUACAGUCAAGCAUGUUUAAAAAAACACCAGUAAAAAUACAUGUAUGCCUUUACUUUUUAAAUUGGUCAAAAUGACAUAAUAGCCUUUUAUUCAAUUUUAUAUCACAAUAAACACUGGUAUUGGUGACAGUAAAGAAAAUUCUAUUUCUCCCUGCUUUAAAAUGAUGUCUUUUUAAACAUGGUUGACUAGUAUAAAAGUAUAGAUGAAUAUGCAAUGUGUUCUUAAUGUGUUCUUGCCAUAUUAAUUUUGUAAAUGAUAAAUUUGUAUGGAUUUAUUAUUACAUGUUUCAAAAAUGAAACUUAAAACUAAAACAAACUAUCCUUUAAAUUAAUAUUGUGUGCUGCAAAAAUUUAUGGGUUUCUUUAUAAUGGUAAAAAUUAAUUUAAUUCCAGGGAUCAUAGUCCUAACUGGGUCACCACCAUGUUUCCUUAUAUGACACUAGUACAGGUUUGUGCCAGGAAGUGGACUUCAAAAAUGGUUCAAUAAAGUUUUAAGCUUUCAUCUCAAUCAACCUUAAAUAAAUAUUUUUAACUAAUGUAUAAAUUGGACUGAACAACAAUUUAGUACUGUGAAAGGCCUUAAACAAAAUUAUAUUUUGUUAUAGUUUGUUUUCAAUAUAAAUUAAUUUUUUUCAUUGAUGUAAAUUUAACAAGAAAUAUUAACAUAAUAUAAAUUGAGUUGAGAAUUACUGGAAUGAAGUGUACUGAACCUUGAAAUAAUGCCAAGAUAUCUUGAGUUGAUAGUGCUAAUAUUUGAAUUUCUAUGUUUGUAAUAUAUUGUACAAAAUGUCUGAUUUAGUUAUAAGCUUAUUGAUUACCUUUCAAAUUUAAAGGAAGACAAUCUCAUGGUACUAUGGAAGAAUUUAUAAACAAUUGAUAUUUUAAGCGAUUUCCAUUUUUAACCUUUCAGAUUUCUGCACAUUUCCAAAAGAAUCUCUAAUCUUGGUUCACCCCAAAGACAUUUUAGUAGUGUGUGCAAAGCCUUGUUUAUGAUAUAAAAGUAAAAAAAAAUAUGUAUGUUUAGGUCUGUAAAAGAAUCAUUAAACUUUGUUUUUCAAUGUAAAAAGGUUUGUGAAAAAAUCAAAAAAAUUAUGUGCCAAUCUUAUCAUCAAUGUUGUUUGUUUAUGUUGAGGAAUCUUUGAACACUUACUUUUUUAUCUUUAACUUUUUUUAUAAGAUAAGUAUAUAAAGAUUAUGCAUAAUAAGUUGUUUAAGUAUAGUUUUAACUUGUACGCUUAUCAUUUGAAUGAAGAUCUAUUGUCAUCAAGGGAGAUAAUAAAUCUUAUAAAAAGUGUGUUAAUAUAGAAAUUAAGAAACAGACAGAUCAUGAAAUAAGUGGGUUAAUUAAAUAAAGGGAGGUAAUUCAAAGGGCAAGAAAAUUUAUUAAAGUACAUUAAUUUAAAGAAAGGGAGGUAACAAAGAACCAUUUUUGUAUCAGCAUUUUUGACAUUAUAAUAAAAAGUAAUACAUGUUAUAUGGAAUUCUAGAAAAUGCAAAAAGUGAAUAAGAUGGAGUAUUGAAUUUUGUAGACAAUAACUGCUAAAUAAUUAAUUUUGAUGUAUAGAAUUAGAUCUGUUAUAAAAAAUCUGAUCUAUUGAUUUUGUUAUGUCUUUGUAGAUAUGCUAUUUAUAGAAAUGUUUGGUUGUUUUUUGUUGUUGAUGAUUUUGUUGUGCAUAAAAUUGUAUAGAAAAUUGUAUGAAAAUUUUGUGAACAUAAUGUUUUAUUGUAAACAUAAUGUAAUGUUUUUGCAUGUCAAUUAUUCAGGGAUCAUUGAAUUCCAUCUAAUUUGAAUGAAAUUAUAUAUAUAUUUAUACACAAAAAAAGUAUUGAAAAAAGAUUGAUAUAAAAAUGAAUAAAAUUAAUGAAAUA